CCGUCGCAAUGUUCAAGGAGGUAAGGAAGCCAAGAUCUGGACAGGCCACAGCGCCCUCAGCUCAAACAGACCACAAACCGCCCACACACACACUUGCGUCUGUGCCUCUCUGCCCUGCCUGCCUGUGCGGCGGGUGUUGCGCGUGUUGUGUGUGCUGGUGAUCAGCGCGUGGUGGUUGACUGCCGCGGGCACAUGCUCGGGCGGUUGGCGUCGGUGGUGGCCAAGGAACUCCUCAACGGACAACACGUGGUGAGUCGCCACGCUUGAACCACCAAGCAACGGAGCGCAAGCACGAAGGCCGGGAGAGGGUCUGGCUGACGAGUGUGUAUGGUGUCGGUAUCAGGUGGCCGUGCGGUGCGAGGACAUCAACAUCUCAGGAUCUCUCUACCGCAACCAACGUAGGCACCGCACCGCGCACAUCCCCGUCGGAGAAAACGGCAGGGCGACAAUCCGUCUGUCCAUCCCUGUCUGUCUGUCUAUCUGGGUGUCUGUGUGCGUCUGUGUGGCUGUCUGUCUGUCAGUGAAGUACCACGAGUUUCUGCGGAAGACGAUGAACUCCAACCCCUGUCGCGGCCACAAGCACUUCCGCGGUCCCGCCAAGAUCUUCUGGCGCACCGUCAGGGGCAUGCUCCCGCACAAGACGGCACGCGGACAGGCAGCCCUGGACAGACUCAAGGUCUUCGAAGGUCAGUCACCCAAGCAGCAACCAACCAGUCACACCAAACCAGCCAGUUCAGGGGAGGGAGCAUUUGAGAGAUGGCUUUGUGAUUGUGUGUUGACUGAACAUGUUGUGUGGUAGGCAUGCCGACUCCGUACGACAAGCAGAAGAAGAUGGUGGUUCCAGCGGCGCUCAAGGUGCUGCGGCUCAAGAACGGACGCAAACACUGCAGACUCGGAGACCUCUCUGGAAAGGUACGUGAUUGAACAAGGCGGCGACGGACUGCGGAAGAGGCAGGGAGGGAGGGAGGGCUCACCCACGGAGAAGCAGCAGUCAGUCCGUCCUUUGAGUGUUGUCCGUCGUGUCCCUCCCUACACACAGGUUGGCUGGAACUACGACGAGUUGGUGCAGAAGCUGGAGGCGAGGCGGAAGACCCGCGCGGGGGCCUUCUUCGAGAAGAGGAAGGCCCUCACCACACUCAGACACAAGGCCGAGGCCGCCGACGUGCCCCCAGCGCUCGACCAGGCCGAGCGAGAUCUGCUCGAGUCGACCGGAUUCCUUUAAACAAACACGCUGGCGCUGCCUUGCGGAGUGCGAGGGCUGUGUGUGCGCGUGGUUUGUG